UGAAGGGUUGGCAGUUUUUGUUCCACUGGAGAAUCUUGCUUGAACGGUGAGCAGGCGUGCAGCACACUACCGCACCAUACAACGCCGCGGGCAUAUCGAGUGGUCUAUCCGGAGCAGCAGACUGCAGAGACCGAGGACACACAGAGGGUGGGAGACGGAUUUUCGGAGCCCUCGCCCUAGUACUGCUUUGGGAGACAAGCAAGCACGGGAGCUAUUGUCGUUAGCUACAACUCUGCGGGUCUGGGGGUUCCCGCAGGGAUAGGGGCGGGGGGUUACCGAGGAAGGAAAAGCCAGCACGCCGAGAGGUGGAGGCUGGAAGUCUGAAACGCUUCCAGCCUGACGCGCCCGGCGUUGUGGCGAUCUAGCGUUGGACUGUUUUGAACCAGCGCGGCUAAGUGGAUGGGAUGGAGCCGGGGCCAUCAGGCGCUGUGCCCAUGGGGGGGCCGUACCCCCCUCCCCUCCAGCAGGUGUUCCAGGCUCCGCGGCGGCCGGGCAUGGGCACGGUGGGCAAGCCCAUCAAGCUGCUGGCCAACUACUUUGAAGUGGAGAUCCCCAAGAUGGACGUCUACCACUACGAGGUGGACAUCAAGCCCGAUAAGUGCCCACGACGCGUCAACAGGGAGGUAGUGGAGUACAUGGUGCAGCACUUUAAGCCCCAGCUGUUUGGGGACAGGAAGCCGGUCUACGACGGCAAGAAGAACAUCUACACCGUGCUGGCCCUGCCCAUCGGCAGCGAGAAGGUGGACUUCGAGGUGACGAUCCCGGGGGAGGGGAAGGACCGCAUCUUCAAAGUGUCCAUCCGCUGGCUGGCCAAGGUGUCAUGGCGGCUGCUGCAGGAGACCCUGGUGAGCGGGCGGCUCCAGGUGCCACUCGACUCCGUGCAGGCCCUCGACGUAGCUAUGAGACACCUCGCCUCCAUGAGGUACACUCCGGUGGGACGGUCCUUCUUUUCGCCGCCGGAGGGGUACUACCAUCCCCUGGGCGGGGGCAGGGAGGUCUGGUUCGGCUUCCAUCAGUCCGUCAGGCCGGCCAUGUGGAAGAUGAUGCUCAACAUAGAUGUGUCUGCCACGGCCUUCUACAAAGCACAGCCGGUGAUUGAGUUCAUGUGCGAGGUCCUGGACAUCCGCAACAUCGACGAGCAGCCCAAGACGCUGACCGACUCGCAGAGGGUUCGCUUCACCAAGGAGAUCAAAGGUGGGCUUCCCAGCAGCCCCCUGCCAGGGCUGAAGGUGGAGGUGACCCACUGUGGACAGAUGAAGAGGAAAUAUCGAGUAUGCAACGUCACGCGCCGACCCGCCAGCCACCAGACGUUUCCCCUGCAGCUGGAGAGUGGUCAGACGGUGGAGUGCACCGUAGCACAGUAUUUCAAGCAGAAGUACAAUCUGCAGCUCAAGUACCCUCACCUGCCCUGCCUACAGGUUGGACAGGAACAGAAGCACACCUACCUGCCCCUGGAGGUUUGUAACAUAGUAGCAGGUCAGCGCUGCAUCAAGAAGCUGACUGAUAAUCAGACCUCCACCAUGAUCAAGGCCACGGCUCGCUCUGCACCCGACAGGCAGGAGGAGAUCAGCAGGCUGAUGAAGAAUGCCAACUUCAACCUGGACCCGUACAUCCAGGAGUUUGGCAUCAAGGUGAAGGACGACAUGGCGGAGGUUACCGGCCGUGUGCUGCCCGCUCCCAUCCUGCAAUAUGGCGGCCGGAAUCGAGCGAUCGCCACUCCAAACCAGGGUGUGUGGGACAUGAGGGGGAAGCAGUUCUACAACGGCAUCGAGAUCAAGGUGUGGGCCAUCGCCUGCUUUGCCCCUCAGAAACAGUGUCGUGAGGAGGUGCUGAAGAACUUCACGGACCAGCUGCGCAAGAUCUCGAAGGACGCGGGCAUGCCCAUCCAGGGUCAGCCGUGCUUCUGCAAGUACGCCCAGGGAGCGGACAGUGUGGAGCCCAUGUUCAGACACCUGAAGAACACCUACUCUGGCCUGCAGCUCAUCAUCGUCAUCCUGCCCGGCAAGACCCCCGUCUACGCGGAGGUGAAGCGCGUGGGCGACACGCUGCUGGGCAUGGCCACCCAGUGUGUGCAGGUGAAGAACGUGGUCAAGACGUCUCCUCAGACCCUCUCCAACCUCUGCCUCAAGAUCAACGUCAAGCUGGGGGGCAUCAACAACAUCCUGGUGCCACACCAACGGUCGGCAGUUUUCCAGCAGCCUGUCAUCUUCCUGGGGGCCGACGUCACUCACCCACCAGCCGGGGACGGGAAGAAGCCCUCUAUUACAGCCGUGGUAGGCAGUAUGGACGCCCACCCCAGCAGGUACUGUGCCACGGUGCGUGUGCAGCGUCCGCGUCAGGAGAUCAUUGAGGACCUCUCCUACAUGGUGCGGGAGCUUCUGAUCCAGUUCUACAAGUCCACGCGCUUCAAGCCCACGCGCAUCAUCUUCUACAGGGACGGAGUGCCAGAGGGUCAGCUGACACAGAUCCUCCACUAUGAGCUGUUGGCCAUCAGAGACGCCUGCAUUAAGCUGGAGAAGGACUACCAGCCCGGCAUCACCUACAUCGUGGUCCAGAAACGACACCACACACGCCUCUUCUGCGCCGACAAGUCAGAGAGGAUCGGGAAGAGUGGUAACAUUCCAGCAGGCACGACGGUGGACACCAGCAUCACUCAUCCCUUUGAGUUCGACUUCUACCUGUGUAGCCAUGCAGGCAUUCAGGGUACGAGUCGUCCGUCCCACUACUACGUCCUCUGGGACGACAACCGCUUCACUGCGGACGAGCUGCAGAUCCUCACCUACCAGCUGUGCCACACCUACGUGCGCUGCACGCGCUCUGUCUCCAUCCCCGCGCCCGCCUACUACGCCCGCCUCGUGGCCUUCCGCGCCCGAUAUCACCUGGUGGACAAGGAACACGACAGUGGGGAGGGCAGCCACGUGUCUGGUCAGAGCAACGGAAGGGACCCGCAGGCCCUGGCCAAAGCCGUGCAGAUCCACCACGACACCCUGAGGACCAUGUACUUUGCCUGAGCAAGCACAGCCAAUCGCAUUGCAUCGCAUUGCGCCACCCCACCUCACCUCACCUCACCUCACCUCAUCUCACCUCAUCCACAUGAUGGGUAUUUCUCAAAUAGGGCUUUCAGGCCGACCAGAACGUAGCUGGAGUCGGUGCCCGAACCAGUUACGUUCAGCACUUAAGUGUUUAUCUGCGAACCGCCCGUGUUCAUACCGAGCUCUGAACUUUUCCCGCACGUGACUGCGUUACCCAGAUGAACCUGCUGACGAGCACGCUGUCGUCACGGUUCGCGGAGAAAAACCUAGUAUUUUGCGGUUCGCAUUGCGAACCAACUUUCCGGUUCGCGAACGCAAAUAUCUGUGGCGUGAACACGACGGUCGGUUCGCGAUUAGGUGCGGGAACGGGCUCCAGCACGGUUCUCAGUCGGCCUGAAUGCGCUAAAAGUGAAGUAUUCCAGCCUUAAAAGUGAGAGUAACGCCCAUUUUUCGCGGAUUUCACCAAAGAGUAUCCAAUAACUAGUUGUAAGUGUAAUUGAUAAUUGGAUACUCCUGCGAAAAAUGUUGCGUUACUCGCAAUAGCAAAACUAGAACACUUCACUUUGAGAAACACCCGGUGAUGUCCACACCACAACACAACAUACCCCACCCUACCCAAGGCCUGAUGUAGCUCCAGAGGACCAGAAGGUCCCUGGACAACACAAUUCCAACCUCCACCCCCUUCCUUACCCUCUUACCACUGCUUCCUCUUGCUCAAAAUGAACCUCAUAAUUACACCACACCAACCUCAACUACACAACAACAACACACACACACACACACACACACACACACACACACACACACACACACACACACGAGCGCGCACUACAACCCAGCAAGGGAACCACCACGAAUUCAGCACCUUGACCCUAAACCAUAUGAACAUUAUGAAGACUAUGAAGACUUGCCCUGUUAGGAAACACACUUGGCUGGCCAAUUAUGGCCAAGUAAGGUCCUCUCUGGGAUUCUUUUGGGAUUUUUCUUUUUCAUUUUUUAUUUCUUUCUGUUUUUGGAAGAGAAACGGUAUCAGUGUUGUUGUGUACUACCUUGUGCUCUUCCCUGUGUGAAAUGUUUGCAUGUUCGUAUGCAAUCCGGAGAGGACUUGGUGUCAAAAAACUAUGAAGACUUUUCAUUUUUAAUUUUGUUUUUGACUGACACCACAACGCUGCCUCGAAAUCAGCUUUUGUUGGAAACAAGUGUUUGUGCCCCUUUUGACACUUUCACACAGUGAUACGUGUGAUGCACACACACACGCACACGCACACGCACACGCACACGCACACACACACACACACACACAAAUAUGCAUGAACGCGCACACACAUACACACAUAUCGGGAAUCAUAAGUGGGCCCAGAAGACAACCCUCUCUCUUGUUUUGUUUUUAUAUUUUUUAACAUUUUAAUUCGAGGAGCGACUUAUUAUUAUUACAAUUUUUAUCAUUUAAAAAAAAAGAAAACAAAAGUUAAGAUUAUGUUACCUGAGAUAUGAACUAUGGGGCCUUUGUUGGAUGGCAUAAAUGUAAAACGGUACCUUUUUAGCACUUAGUCUUAGUUUCGUAGGCCACGUACAGUACUAGCCUCCGUGUCUGCAGCCGUCGUGUCUCUUGUCUGUGACCUGCAUUAGCA